AUGGCUUCGACUUUGAACUCUGUGCCAGCUGCGAAUAGCGCUUCUGGCAAUGCUGUGGGCAGCUCAGCACAGAACUCUGGCAGACCUUCUCUGAGAUCGAGCGGCAACACAAAGGGGGACGGUCGCCGACAAUCUGGUAGUCCUGUGGAUGGUGGUCAACGGCGCACAAACUCCCACAAGGCUUGGACUCAAGGGACCAACCCCAUUACCCAACGUUCCCCAUAUGCUUCUCCAAAUGGCAAUGUGACUCGACAGUCUGGCUCCCCUCGACCGGGCCAGAAGGAGUCCAACACCCCCGAUAGCCAUGCCCACGACCGACUAGUAUUCUUGUUCGCCAGCUUCAUUGGCCUCCAGACUACAAUCACCACCAAGAACGGAGAGAAGUUCACCGGUAUCUUCUCUUCCUCGAACUUGGAAGCGAGUGAUUCCUCCUUCCUUCUCAAGAUGGUGCAGCGCACCUCUCAGGAGAACCAGGGAAAGACCAACGGUGUGAGUGACACGACAAGCCCGUACGUUGGAUCUGCCCCGGAGCACAGCAUGGCAUUCGAUAUCAAAGAUGUGGCCGAUAUCUCUGUGCCCAAUGUGUCCCCGGCCGAGGUCUCGGUCAAGGAAUCAAAUGGGACUGGUGGUUUCAGAACCGAUGCUGACAUCUCCGGAAACCUGGCGAUGCGCGAGCGUACACUUAAACGCUGGGAGCCUGCCGAGCACGAGGUCCAUAUGUCUCUGGAGAGCACGGCUGGUGAGUCAAAGGGCUGGGAUCAGUUCGAGACGAACGAGCGCCUUUUCGGCACAAAGACCAGCUAUGACGAACACAUCUACACAACCCGCAUUGAUCGCUCCGACCCGAACUUCCGCCAAAAGCAGGUGGAAGCGGCUCGAAUUGCGGCCGAGAUCGAGGGCACUGAUGUGGACAAUGUGCACAUGCGUGAGGAGAGAGGUCUGGUAGCUCCAGACACUGGUGAUCAGGACGAGGAAGACAAGUACAGUGGCGUACAACGUGAGAACAAAGCCUUCCCGCCCUUGGUCUCAGGACAACCCAACAAAUAUACUCCUCCUGGUCGCCGCCAAGCCGGAGCCCAACCCGCUGUGCCGGUUAAGCAAACCCCGACUCCUCCUUCCCCCGCCCCAGUCCAAGCCAAGGAGGUACCAGCUGUCGAGAAGCAACAGCCCGCCGCAGCUCCCAAAGCCGCGGAAAACGAACAAAAGGCCGAGCCUAGCAAGAUUGCCCCCGUUGCUGCUAUUCCUCCGGCUAAGCAGCAGCGAACGAUUCCCGAGAAUGCCACCGCCAACGUCGAGACAGAGGUGCUUGACCACUUCCGCCAGUUUGCCAACAGUGAGAAGUUGAAGAUGCAGGAACGCCGCCGUAACCAGGCGUCCUACGACCGGACGAUUAAACUGAACGAACUCAUGAAGUUCUCAAAGAACUUCAAACUUUCAACCCCAGUGCCCAAGGACUUGGUACCUAUUCUAGCCAAGGAUCCUCACAAACAAGAGGCAAUCAUCAGCCGGGCACAGCAAUCGGAGGACAAGUCUUCGCCGAAGGCUGCUGCGCAGGUCGCUGAACCCAAGGCACCAGUGCGGACUACUGGGCCUACCGGCGCGGUUCCCCCGUGGCUCCAUCUGAUCGCCAGAACUAUCCCCGUGGCCGCCAGGGUUACCUGCCGACGGGUCCUCUCGCUGGACCGAGUGGUCGACAAUCUCCAGCAGCGCAAGGGUGCAGGCAUGGGACCUGUCCCUGCCCCACUGCCCAUUCAAGAUGCCCGUGGGCCUCCUACUGGCCCUGCCAGCGAGCAGCCUCGUGUGACAAGCCCUGUCAAGAGCCAGCCCUCCUCGACUACUGCAGCAUCGAAAUUCAAUGUUCGAGCCAUGGAGUUCAAGCCUAACCCGGCUGCCAGCACAUUUACUCCCGGCGGUGCUGCUCCUCCUACUGCCCCCGCGGCCGCUGCCGGCGCGGCCAAUGCGGCCAGCCCUCGACCUUUCUCCCGAAACCGCUCGGUAUCUCGUGCAACCACUCCAUCUGCAUUCUUUGGCAUCAGGAAGCCACUGCCUGCCUCAGAACGUCCCUCCAUCGACGAUCACUUUAACCCGAUCAAGCGAAUGAAGAAGGAGAGUGCUGAAGCUGCGGAUAACAAGCCUUACCCGGCUACCGGAGGCAUUCCCCCUCCUUACAAAACCGGGCCCACCUGGGAUGUUCCGUCCGGCAACGAAGAGAAAAACUUCGAGGCCAUUUUCAAGCAGCCGGGUGGAGCUCAAUCGGUCUCACCUCAGGGCCGGUCCGUGUCCAACAACCCGAACCUACCCCAGCAGCAGCAGAUGCCCUUCCACUUCCAGCAAGGAAAUCCUGGCAUGCCUCCUUCAUCUGGCCCUCCCAACGGCCCUCACGUCCACCAAGGCCCUCACGGUCCUGGUCCUCACAUGGAAGAUCAUCAUCGCAUGCAGCUGUCGGCCUCUUCGUCGCAGGUCUUCCCUUCACCUCGUAUGAGCCAGAGCCACGUCGGUUACCCUUCACCCAUGGCUCCUCAUGCUCAGUUGGCAUUCGGCCAGCCAAUGCCACAAUUUUAUGGAGGCCCUCAGCCGGGGCAAAUGAGGCACUACCAGGGGGGCCCUUCCUUUUCUGGCCCACAAGGUAGCAUGGGGGCUCCCAUGAUGGUGCAAAAUCCCUCCAACGGACCCUACAUGGGUGUUCCUCAGGCCAUGUCGCCUUAUACUCCCCAGAUGCAAAUGUACUCACCUUCCCCUGGUCAUGCUUACCCCCAGCAUGCGCCCCCUCCCCAACCUCACAGCGGAUAUCCCAGCCCCAGCCGUGGUGCACCGAUGAUGAUGCACCAAAACUCUCAGUCUGGUCAGCCACCACAGCCAAUGAUGUUCAUGUCUCCGGGUCAGCCAGGACAACCCGGAUUCGGGGCUCAACCGGCGCACAGUGAGUCUCCCCGCCCAGUAUGGAUUUCCUUCGCCGCUCAUCCUCCUCCCCCAGUGCCCACUGGUCGUGGCGGUUACCCCCAACAACAACCCCACUUCUCGUCUAGUCCCCACCAAGCACACCAUUUCCCGCCUAACCACCGGACUCCGAGCAACGGCUACAACCAAACGCCGCAGAUGCCGCCUCAGAUGUCGUCCAACACCCCUGCUAACGGCGGAGCCGGCUCUCAUGCUGCUGAGUCAACUGACGAAGCCAAAUGA